ACCAUCACACCUCCAGCUUGAUACGACUCGUUACAGUUGGCAAAAGGCGACAUAUAACCCGGAAUAUUAUAUAAACAUAAUUCAUUUUCAUAAAUCCAUAUUUCAAUUAAAACUAUAACUAAAGGCAAAAAACUAAAGUUGAGAAAUUACUCCUAACACUCCGAAUGUUUUGUUGAAUACAAAGGUUAACAAUGGAAUCAGGGGCCUUACUACGGAACUCGAUUCUAAAGUAAAACUGUUCGAAUUCGCAAAAUCGGAACUCUGUAAUUCUAUAAGCAAGUUCUGAAAACGAAACUCGAACAGCUCUAGUACUGCCUAGUCGGUUUUUGUUUUACAACAAAUUUGGUACUACGUUUGGCUAAAGUUAAGGUCAAAAUCUUGCGAAUUCGGAAAUAAUCGUUCUACAUCAAAUGUGCUUGCGAAAAGAUCGAUCGAGGAAGUUUUUUUUCAGAAUGUAAGUAAAUAAAAGUUAUAAAUUAAUAAUUCUCAAAUAUUUCAUAAACAUAGUAAUAUGUAUGUAUAAUUUACAUGUUUUUUGUUCCAGGGCAUCAUCUAAAAUUCGAAACACUAAAGUGUCGCAAUUUGAAAUAAUGGUCAAUUAUAUGACCAAGCACCCAGACUUGUCCAAGGGUUAUUUAAAAACACCAGAAGCAAGACAAAAAUCAAAGCAUUUAUGGACCAAUCAGUCAAUCGAUUUGAAUGCUGAAGGUCCACCGCAGCGUGAUGCAGAGGGAUGGAAAAAGGUCUGGGCCGAUUUUAAGGUUCAUACCAAAGCCAAACUUAGAAAAAAUAAAUUUGUCUGGAACUGGUGGUGGUCCCCCGAAACAUCAUCCACUUACUCCACUGGAAGAGAAAGUCAGUGAGUUGCUUGACUUAGGUGAAGCAAUCGAUGGGAUGAAUGGAUCACUUAGUUUCGGGUUGCAAGACACCAGUAUGAGCUGCAGUCAAGAUCAUAAAGAAGCGGAAAUGUUUGAGGUUAUUGCUGAAACGCAAACAAACGACAACAUUAGCCAAAAGGUAAACCUACUACAUCCACGAAAAACACCAAAAAAAAGACAGUCGCUCCUCAAGAAGCAAGUUGAGCAUCAAAUACGUUACCAAAGCAAUUCCACCGAUGCUCUGAAGGAGAUUAAUAUAAAUUUAAAAGGAAUUUUAAAAUACCAAAAAAGAGAUUCUGAACUAAACGAAAAAAAACUACAAAUUGAAAAAAGACAAGCUGGAACUAAAAAAACAUAAAUUUGAAUUAAAAAAAAAGUUAUGUUGAGAAAAACAAAAAUACGGUGGCUAAAUUGCAAAUUAAAAUAGAAAUUCUACGCCUUCGACAGCAAAUAAAUACACCAUAUGUACAUGAGUAAAUACCAAACAAAUAUUUAUGUUUUAAAAAGUGAUUUUAUGAUUUUUUAUGUUUUUAGUUUUAAAAGUGAAUUUAUGUUUUUUAGUUUUAAAAGUGAAUUUAUGAA